AUGGAGUUACCAGCUGGCAUUUCUCUCCACACCCUUGAAACUAUCAUAAGUUCUAUUGGCUUUAAACAAGGAAGACUUCUUGUUCGUUAUUUGGGUGUCCCUUUGGUCACCAAGAAACUAACUGAAAAGGAUUGUCAAGCCCUUAUAGACAACAUCAAGAACAUGCUUCACCAAUGGUCAAGAAAGAAGAUGAGUUAUGCAGGAAGGGUGGAGCUCAUCAAGACUGUAUACAGCUUCUAUUUGGAGUUCUCUGCUCCAUCUGUCCAGUUUGAACAUGCAUUUCACCUCCUGGUCCAGUCUGUUGGAGUGAGCAGCAAAUUCAUGGAAGGAUUCUUCCCUGCGAUGAGGGUGAGUGAGCUAAGAAGAAGCAUUCUUGGAAUCAUACAGAAAGAUGGAGAGUCACUCUACGACUACUGGGAGAUAUUUAAAAAGCUCUGUGCUAGUUGCCCGCAACAUGUGUUGAUUGAGAAAACCCUUCUUCAAUAUUUCUACGAAGGUUUAACUCCUCUAAAAAUGAAGAUGAUAGAUGUUACCAGUGAAUGA